AUGAGCAUAAUUAGAGAAAAUUAUUAAAAUAGAGGUAAAGUUUAUCGUUGCUUUGCCAUUUUCAAUUGUGAUCGAUUAGAAUUUAUUCAUGUUUAGAAACGACGAUGCAGUAAAUCAUAUGAAUCCUCUUAUUAGGAUGUCAAAGAUUAUGCUGAAAAGUGUUUCUCAAACCAUUCUAAAGAAUUGAAUUAUAAGAAUUCAUAUUCAGAAUGGUUUGGAAUCUUAGAUUAAUUAUAAAGUAAUAAUUUUACUAUCAUCAUUUUCUAGAGUGUUAUUUCAUCUUUAUGUUAUUUCCCCAUAGUAAUAUUACACUUGUAAAGGAAGCAUUAAAUGAAAUAAUUAAACUAGUAACCUCUAUUCCUAACUAUCACUAUGUAAUAAAAUCAAUAUUUAUAGUUAACUUCUGAACAAUUGGAUUAACUAAAAAGAACAGAAAUCAGAAAACUUAUUGAUAAAUUGGAAAAUUAAUAUAUUGAAAAAGGGGGUCCAGUAGGAAUUCCAUCUGAUGAUGAAUCAGCUGGUAGCAGAAUUUAUAGUUUUAAUCCUAUUAAGUAUAAUUAAUUUUUAUUUUAAUCUUUAGAACAAAUCCUUAAAGUUCAUUUAGGUCUAAUGCUCAAUUAUUGUAAUCAAAAAAUGAUACUGUAUAAUAUUAUUCCAAUAUAUUUCUAGAGAGAUAUUGUUUAAACUAAGUCUCUAGAUAGAGAUUAUGUAGAAUUUGGAGUUUACAGAGGAUUUGCAAUAUACAGUCUUUAAUCUGAUAAAAUCAUAUUUUAAAUAUAAAGAGGAUCUAAAUCAGCAUUUUCAUAAUCUAUCAAUAAUAUUUCAAAAUUUAUUAGAUCUUAAUAAUCAGAUAAAAAUUAAAUUUUCAUUGAAAAAAUUAAUUCCAGAGCAGAAUGGCAUGGAAAGUAUAAUAAAAAUGAUGGUAUUAUAUCUUUAUUAUUUUUAAAUAGAAUGCUAUUAUAUGGUUAUGACUUUUUAAAAUGCAGAUCCAGAAUAAUGCAAUAGCACUUUAAAAUUAGCUAUAAAUAGAUUUUCUAAAGAUCCAAAUUUUGUUAAAAUGUCUAAUUAAGAACUAAAUGAUAAAUUUCUUUGGGACAUCAGUAAUCUCUUGAAAUCCUCAGAAAAACAUUAUGAAUAUGAUCAUGGUCAUUUAGGAGUUCCUAGUGAUGAAGAAAUCAAACCUAAAUUAGAUUUAUUAAGAUAAAGUACAAUUGGUUAGACCAAAAAUUAUUCAGCUUUUUCAGCUUCUAAAUUGGAAUUAAUUCAAAUGUAAAUCUUACCAAGAUCAUAAUUAUAAUAACUUGGAAUUAAUGAUUUAGAUUCCCCAAUUUAAACUAAAGAAACUGUUUUAUCUAAGCUUAAUUAUUUUGAACCAAAAGUUGAUGAUACAGAAGAUAUAUUAUAAUAUGGUGUUUUUACAUCUCUUAUUAUUCUGUUAAUUAUUUUUGCAUAUUUGAUUUAAAAAUGA